GAGCCGAGCCGAGCCGAGCCGAGCCGAGCCGAGCCGAGCCGAGCCGAGCCGAGCCGAGCCGAGCCAUGGGGUGGCUCGCCCUCCUGCUCUGCACCGGCGUCACCUGUUGCAUCGCGGUGGGGGCCGCCGAGGCGGCGCUGCUGGGAGAAGGUGACCCUCUGGCCGAGCUGCUGGAGGCGGCCGAGGAGCCUCGUCCCGCUGCCACGCUGCAAGUGCGGUUCAACCUGCGCUCCUCGCCCGACGCCGAGCACGAAGGCUGCUACCUCGCAGUGGGCGAGGCCGCGCGCCUGCGGGAGUGCAACUUCAACGUGACGGCUAAAACCUUCCUCAUCAUCCACGGCUGGACGAUGAGCGGCAUGUUCGAAACCUGGCUGGACAGCCUGGUCUCGGCCCUGCAGCAGAGAGAGAAGGAUGCGAACGUGGUGGUGGUGGACUGGCUGGCGCUCGCCCACGAGCUCUAUACGAACGCUGUGAACAACACGCAGGUCGUCGGGAAAAGCAUAGCCGAACUGUUGAACUGGUUACAGGAGAACCCACUCUUCCAACUUCAAAAUGUUCACUUGAUUGGAUACAGCCUUGGGGCCCAUGUUGCUGGCUUUGCUGGUAACCAUGUCCAGGGGACGAUAGGCAGAAUUACAGGCUUGGAUCCGGCUGGCCCUAUGUUUGAAGGAGUGGACCCUAGCAAGCGCCUCUCCCCUGAUGAUGCUAGCUUUGUGGAUGUCCUGCAUACUUAUACCAGGGAAACACUAGGUGUUAGCAUUGGGAUCCAGAUGCCUGUAGGCCAUGUUGACAUCUACCCCAAUGGGGGAGACUUCCAGCCUGGCUGUGGACUAAGUGAUGUCUUAGGAGCAAUUGCCUAUGGGACUAUUGGUGAAGUUGUUAAAUGUGAGCACGAGCGGUCUGUGCACCUCUUUGUGGACUCCCUUGUGAACCAAGAUAAACAAAGCUUCGCCUUUCAAUGUACUGAUUCCAGUCGCUUCAAGAAGGGAAUCUGCCUGAGCUGUAGGAAGAACCGCUGCAAUGGCAUUGGUUACAACGCCAGGAAAACUAGGAACAAAAGAAACAGCAAGAUGUACUUAAAAACAAGAGCUGACAUGCCAUUCAAAGUCUACCAUUAUCAGAUGAAAAUGCAUGUCUUCAGCUACCAAAGCUUGGGAAAGGCUGACCCCACCUUCUCUGUUACCCUUCAUGGCACCAAUGGAGACUCUCAACCCCUUCCUUUAGAAACGCUUGAGCAAAUUGGCCUUAACGCCACCAACACCUUCCUGGUCUAUACUGAAGAGGACAUGGGUGACCUCUUAAAAAUAAAGCUCACCUGGGAGGGAACUUCUCAGUCUUGGUACGAUCUGUGGAAGACGCUUAAGAGUUUCUGGUAUCGGUCUUCAAAGUCUACACAUCAGGAACUACACAUCAGACGUAUACGGGUGAAAUCUGGGGAAACACAGCAGAGGUUUGCUUUCUGCGUGGAGGAUUCCCAGCUGACUAGCAUAUCUCCUGGUAAAGAGCUCUGGUUUGUGAAAUGUGCAGAUGACUGGCAAAAAAGGUCUGUCUCAAAUUUGCUCUGAGGACUUCCCUGAAGACUUGCAACUGAACAGCCUAGAUGCAUGAAGACCACACGAGUAGGGUGAUACUUUGGCAAAAAUCUGGCUUGGUAGCACUUACAACAGCUAGCACUUUGGAACAAAACACCUUGGAAUAGAUGCAAGAAACGGCGAAGCAAUGGAUGGACUGUGGUGCUAGACCUAGAAUAACGAAAACUAUGGUCCCCUUUUGUAGGGAGCCUGGCUUGUGCAUUUAACCUUCUCUUCCUUCCUGCUCCAUGAACCAAACUAAAGAUGAAACCUUCAGACCUAGACCUCCAUAAUGAUCUACUGGUCUGCCUGCCAGUGGAGUUGAGAAGAUAACCAUGUCAGCUGACCAUCAAACUGUUGGUGACAAAGCUGCCAAGAAUAAGCUAGUGUCUAGCACAGGGAUUAUUGUGAAUCCAAUAGUACUAAGGACUGUGGGGAGAAAAGACCACCAAAUGUGUAAAGUUUGUUUUUUUUGGGGGGGGUUAAUUUUAGGGGAGGGAGUGGGGAGUAAGCACAAUGCCACUUAUCUUGAAGCUGUCCUUUGCUUACCCUAAAAAUCAGUUACUGUAUCUGGCUGAUACUGAAAUCUCUAUAGGUCACCUUGUGGAGGAGCUCCAUCCUCCCUGUAUCUAGGGCAGAACAAGAUCCAGAUAUUAACUGAUGGCGCUGGCAGCUGCCCCAGUGGGUGUCUGAACCAAGCGGGUGCAUUACUAUCGACUGCACCUUUUUAUAAAAGGCAAAUACCAGCUGCUCAUCUACUGACUAUAGAGGAAGGUAAUGAACUCUCCUGUUUCAGGAGAACUUUGCAUUGGUCCUCUUAACUACUGAGAACAUGUUUGUCUCUGUUCAAAUGCUGCUGUAGUACCAGAGCAUAAUUAAGACCUCAUUUUAGGCAAAGUAUUUAACUGAGCCAAACAGACAACAGUCUGUCGUUGCUGUGAUGUCCUAGCUGGAGUCCCUGGUUCCCCGUGAACUUGGCUUUGUUAGAGUUGGACAGAUGCUCUGCAGCUGUCAUAGUUGCUACAGCAGACUGGACCUUGUCAGAGGUGAACUAGCUUUUCUGGGGGGGAAGGAAGAGGGGAAGGAGACUUGGUGCAACAGCUGAGAUUGUCUUUCUGUAUAGCAAAGUGCAAGAGUAAUCUCAAGCUGCGGUGCUGCCACAUGCUGGACUGAGCUCUGAAGACUCAGCAAGUCAUUUGAGGCCUAUGGUUGUCUGAGUUUUUUGUAGACCUUCAAUCUGAGCAAAGCGAGCACAUUUGGAGAUUUUUCCAUGAUUUUAUACAAAGGCUUCAAUAACUGAAGCCUUUGGUAAGUAUCUGUGACUUGUCAUCAUGCUAUACUUAAAAGUGGUUUCAAAGCCCUAUUUGUAUAUUGUGGUUUUCUAUGACUUAAACAUUAUUUAUUUUUCAUGCUGUACAUAUGUAAAGUUUUAAACAUUUUGGUUUUUGAGUAACAGUUUUUAUAAGCCUUGAGGGGGCAAAAAAA